CCGGGACAGAGCGCCGAGACCCCCGCGCAGGGUGACGUGGAGGAGGAGGAGGGGGACCCCUCGAAGCUCCACGUGGACGGGGAGCCCAAGACCGGCAUUCGGCGCCGGAGAAAGGGCGUCGGGAGGCCCUGGGUCCCUGAGGCCCGGGCCAGUGUCCUGAGAGGGAUUCAAGGCCCUUGGCUAGGCCCUCCAGCCCCAGUGGCCCCUGCAGACGGCAUGAGAGGAGCCCCUUCAGGCAGGGCCGCCAAGACGCCGGAGAGCAGGCCCCUGGGGGAGCCCCGUGGAGGCUACUGCCUCUCCGAGGACAGUGACGUCCACAUCACCAGCGAGGAGGAGGACCGCAAGGAGCCGCCUCUCCCGAGCCCCUGUGGCCCCAAAGAGAAGGAAACCGGUGGCCGCGUCCCCCGGGUUCCUCUGGAGAGCCGCCCAGCGCCACCAGGGGGCCUUUGCUGCUACAUCUGCGGGUCGGCACUGUCCCCGGCCUCGCAGCACCAGAUCCACGUGCAGAAGCAGGAGAAGCUGGCUCAGGCCCCCUUCUUUCCCUUCCUGUGGCUGCACAGCCCACCUCCCGGGGCUCAGCCCAUCAGCGAGGGCGGCAGCACGCUGGUGUGUCCCUGCUGCUUCUCCUCCCUCAUGCAGCAGUGGCAAAGCUUCGAGCUGGCCAGCGUGCCUGUCCUGCAGAGACUGUACGUGGUGCCUCUGAACAGCCACGCCCCCGGCAUGGCCUCCAAGGGCAGGAGGCUCCCGAGGGAGGAGGGCACCACCUCGGGGACCCUGCCAGAGGCCUGCUACCUCUGUGGGGAGGACUGCACCCCUGAUGCCCGGGCUGUGGCCUCCAGGAUCCUCAAUGGCAAUGCCAGGAGCACCAUGCAUUUCCCCUUCCUCAGCCUCCUGCCCUGCCCCCCCAAUGCCCGAGGCCCCAACAAGCGCGGUGAGGUUCGUAGCUGCCCCAAGUGCUUCAGCAUCCUGGAGGACAUCUGGGCCCUGUACCGGGCCUGUCAGAAUGAGGAGCUCAUCACCUCUGUGCAGGGCUUCCUGGGCAGGUACCACCAGGCCUUCCCUGCCUCUGACCCUGCUCUCUCCGAGCUGCCCACAUCGACCCAGGGCAGCGCCGUGUCCGUCUGCUACAUCUGCGGGACUGAGCUGGGCCCCGGGAAGGAGUUCCAGCUCAACGUGAACCCCUCCAGUCGCUUGGGCGAGAAGGAACCCUUCUUCCCCUUCCUCACUGUGUACCCACCUGCUCCACGCGCCAGGCCUGCCGACUCCACGGGCCUGGUGGCCACCUGCGUGCUCUGCUACCACGACUUGCUAGGCCAGUGGCUGCAGCAUGAGGCACGCAGUGCCCACCAUGCCGUCAGUGCCUGGUCCCGGCAGUACCAAGUGGACACGUUUGUGUGCUUCUUCUGCCAGCAGGAGAGGAAGCGUUGUCUUGGGUUGAAGGCUGUGCGGGUAGCCCGGCUGCCCUUGUUUCUCUAUACCCUGCGGGCGAGCCACAGCCUGCUGGUGGACGACGGGCGGCAGCUGAUCAUCGGCGCCUGUGUGGAGUGUGGGACGCUGGUGUGUGCUGGCCAAGGGCUUACCCGCCAGGGACCUGUGGGCUGGAGCUCCCCAGUGGCAACGGCGAUAAAGGUCACCUCUGCAUCUCUUGAGGCACCAGCAGCCACCCACCCUCCUGCCCGGGAGCCCGAGCCCUGGCUGGGGACCCCAGCGGAGAGCCUGCUCAGAGGCCCCAAGACCGCCCAGGAGCUGGGGCCAGCCCGGUGUCAGCAGAGCAGCCUGGACGGGGCCGGACCAGACCUCGCCGGCACAGGCAUGAGCCAUGAGCCCAAGUCCCCUUCACUAGGAAUGCUUUCCACCACGACCAGGACCACCGCCACCGUCAACCCCCUCACCCCCUCGCCGCUCAAUGGCGCCCUGGUGCCCAGCGGCAGCCCCGCCACCAGCAGUGCGCUGUCGGCCCAGGCCGCGCCGUCUUCCAGCUUUGCCGCUGCGCUGCGCAAGCUCGCCAAACAGGCAGAGGAGCCCAGAGGGUCUUCACUGAGCAGUGAGUCGUCCCCUGUGUCCUCUCCUGCCACCAAUCACAGCUCCCCUGCCAGCACGCCCAAGCGCGUGCCCAUGGGCCCCAUCAUCGUCCCCCCCGGGGGCCACAGCGUCCCUAGCACGCCCCCCGUGGUGACCAUCGCCCCGACCAAGACCGUCAAUGGCGUCUGGAGGAGCGAGAGCCGGCAGGACACCAGCUCCCGGGGCAGCAGCAGCGGUCGAGAACGCCUCAUCGUGGAGCCCCCACUGCCCCAGGAGAAGGCGGGGGGCCCGGCCAUUCCCUCCCACCUGCUCAGCACCCCCUAUCCCUUUGGCAUCUCCCCCAGCUCAGUGGUGCAGGACUCCCGGUUCCCACCACUCAACCUCCAGCGGCCUGUGCACCACGUGGUGCCCCCCAGCACGGUGACCGAGGACUACCUGAGGAGCUUCCGGCCCUACCACACCGCUGAGGACCUCCGCAUGUCCUCCCUCCCUCCCCUCGGCCUGGACCCGGCCACUGCUGCCGCCUACUACCACCCCAGCUACCUGACUCCGCACCCCUUCCCCCACCCGGCCUUCAGGAUGGACGACUCCUACUGCCUAUCCGCCCUGCGGUCCCCCUUCUACCCUAUCCCCACCCCCGGCUCCCUGCCUCCGCUGCACCCCUCGGCCAUGCACCUUCACCUCUCCGGGGUCCGCUACCCCCCGGAGCUGUCCCACUCGUCCCUGGCGGCACUGCACUCGGAGCGGAUGUCCAGCCUUAGCGCGGAGAGGCUGCAGAUGGAUGAGGAGCUGCGGCGUGAGCGUGAGCGUGAACGGGAAAGGGAGCGGGAACGGGAGGCUGACCGUGAGCGGGAGAAGGAGCGCGAGCGGGAGAGGGAGAAGGAGCGCGAGCGGGAGAAGGAGCUGGAGCGUGAGCGCGAGAAGGAGCGGGAGCGGGAGCUGGAGCGCCAGCGCGAGCAGCGGGCCCGGGAGAAGGAGCUGCUGGCCGCCAAGGCCCUGGAGCCGGCCUUCCUGCCGAUGGCUGAGCUGCACGAGCGGGUCAAGUCCGCGGAGCAGCUGACCCCAACCCGAGCAGAGAAGCUGAAGGACGCGGGCCUGCAGGCGCCCAAGCCUGUGCAGCACCCCUUGCACCCGGCACCCAGCCCCCAUCACACCAUGCCCAGCCUUCUCUCCAACCACGGCAUCUUCUCUCUGCCGGGCAGCAGCGCCGCCACGGCCCUGCUCAUCCAGCGCACCAAUGAGGAGGAGAAGUGGGUGGCGCGGCAGCGGCGGCUGCGGCAGGAGAAGGAGGACCGGCAGUCGCAGGUGUCGGAGUUCCGGCAGCAGGUGCUAGAGCAGCACCUGGACAUAGGCCGGCCCCCAGUGCCCACGGAGCCCGAGCACAGGCCCGAGAGCACCAGGCCGGGAUCAAACCGUCAUGAGCCGGGUAGCCGAGACCCCCCGCAGCACUUUGGCGGGCCCCCGCCCCUCAUCUCGCCCAAGCCCCAGCACCACUCCGUGCCCACGGCCCUCUGGAACCCGGUGUCCCUGAUGGACAGCACCCUGGAGACACGGCGGGCCCCCGAGAGCCACCCUCUGCACAGCCACCCUGCCCUGUUCGAGCCCGGCCGGCAGGCGGCAGUCCCGCUGGUGAAGGUGGAACGGGUCUACGGCCCAGAAAAGGUGGAGGAGGGGCCCCGGAAGCGCGAGGCCACCCCCCUGGACAAGUACCAGCCGCCUCCACGGGAGUCAGGGAGCCUGGAGCAACAGGCCUUUCCUCACGGGCCUGGGCCCCUCUUGGCUGAGCUUGAGAAGUCCACCCAGACCAUCCUGGGCCAGCAGCGGGCCUCCCUCACCCAGCCACCCCCCUUUGGGGAACUCCCUGGACCCCUGAAGCCGGGCUCACCCUACCGGCCCCCGGCACCACGCGGCUCUGACCCCGCCUACAUCUUCGAUGAGUUCCUGCAGCAGCGCCGGAGGCUGGUCAGCAAGCUGGACCUGGAAGAGCGCAGGCGGCGGGAGGCCCAGGAGAAAGGAUACUACUACGACCUGGAUGACUCCUAUGAUGAGAGUGACGAAGAGGAGGUCAGGGCCCAUCUCCGCUGCGUGGCCGAGCAACCGCCCCUCAAACUGGAUACAUCCUCCGAGAAGCUAGAGUUUUUGCAACUUUUUGGCUUGACCACCCAACAGCAGAAGGAGGAACUGCUGACCCAGAAGCGGAGGAAGCGGCGGCGGAUGCUGAGAGAGAGAAGCCCAUCGCCCCCGACGAUUCAGAACAAGCGGCAGACACCUUCACCGCGACUGGCCCUGUUCACCCGCUAUAGUCCCGACGAGAUGAACAACAGCCCCAACUUCGAAGAGAAGAAGAAGUUCCUGACCAUCUUCAACUUGACCCACAUCAGUGCCGAGAAGAGGAAAGACAAAGAGAAACUUGUCGAAAUGCUCCAUGCCAUGAAGCAGAAGGCACUGUCAGCGGCAGUGGCAGACUCUCUCAGAAACUCUCCGAGGGACAGUCCUGCUGUCUCCCUGAGCGAACCAGCCACGCAGCCAGCCUCUCUGGAUAUGGAAAAGCCGGUGGGUAUUGCUGCUUCCCUGUCUGACGUCCCAAAGGCCACAGAGCCUGGGAGACUGGAGCAGCUCCGGCCACAGGAACUGUCUCGAGUCCAGGAGCUGACUCCUGCCAGCAGCGAGAAGGCCAGGCUGAAUGAGGCCCCUGGGGGCAAGAAGAACCUGAGCAUGAUGCAUUACAUGAGGGGCCCCGCCCCCAAGGACAUUCCCGUGCCCCUGUCCCACAGCGUCAACGGGAAGAGCAAGUCGUGGGAGCCCUUCAUGGCAGAGGAGUUUGCACAUCAGUUCCACGAGUCUGUGCUGCAGUCCACCCAGAAGGCCCUCCAGAAGCACAAAGGGAACGUAGCCGUGCUGUCUGCAGAGCAGAACCACAAAGUUGACACGUCCAUCCACUACAACAUUCCUGAGCUGCAGUCCUCAAGCCGGCUCCCUCUGCCCCAGCACAACGGGCAGCAGGAGCCCCCAGCCGUGAGGAAGGGCCCCCUCACACAGGAGACGGACCAGGACUCGGAAGAGGAGGAAGAGGAGGAGGAUGGAGAAGAGGAUGAUGAGGAACCCCCCAGACGCAAGUGGCAAGGGAUUGAGGCAAUUUUUGAAGCUUACCAGGAACAUAUAGAAGAGCAAAAUCUGGAGCGGCAGGUGUUGCAGACGCAGUGCAGACGGCUGGAGGCCCAGCACUACAGCCUCAGUCUCACAGCAGAACAGCUCUCCCACAGCAUGGCGGAAUUGAGGAGCCAGAAACAGAAGAUUGUCUCAGAAAGGGAGCGAAUCCAGGCGGAACUGGAUCACUUCCGGAAGUGCCUUGCAUUGCCUGCAUUGCAUUGGCCUAGGGGUUACUUUAAGGGAUAUCCUAGGUGACGGUUUCCCUUGCACUAGGCCGAACCUAUAGUAUAGAAAUAUUAUCUAUUUUAUUACCUUGAAUAUUUAAUAUUUUUCACUGGGAGGUUUGAAGCUUAAAAAAAAUAAUAAAGAAUGUGCCAUGCAUGAAGCAAAGGAUUCCAGACUCCAGAAAAAGAACGAACUCACCUUGACUUCAAUGCAACUGAAUCACCUUUGUAAUUCAGCGAGCAACCAAUGUAGGACAUCGCCCAUAUAUUUUUUUAAAAGGCAAUUUUUUUUCUUUACCCAUGUCACCGUUUUAAAAUCUGAAAAUGAAGGCUCCGUUACCAACACUAAAACUUUUAUCAUUUAUAGCCCCUGGGUGCAUAAGAUUGGAUCAAACUGCUUGUGUUCUAUUUCUUGUGUUGCCAUAUUACUAUGCCUGAAGACCCAAGUUUACUUUUGCUGCAGCAGAGGGUCGGUCUCAUGCCUCCCCAGGACUGAGACCUGCUUCAGCUGAAUGAAGGUGGGGUGCAUUUUAAGUGAAGGGCUUAUUUGUUUUGGUUACUUUUCUGAAAAAUUUUCUUCAAAGCAACAGUACUAAAAGUCUCACCAAUAGCAGGCUUUUCCCGGAAAAGCUCUCACCUAAAGAUAAAGCAAAUUGACAAACUGAAGGUACCUUUUUUAUUACUCCAUGGGGUGGGGGGGAGUGUACAGAGCUCUAUGUAUACAUAUAUGCACACCCACCAAAUUGUUGCUGCAGUGGGGGGUGUUUUCAUACAAACAAAUUUUGAGAGAAAAGUCAAAGGUGCUUCAGCCUUGUACUGUGUAUAUAUAUUAAAAAACAAAGUUUUGUAUGUUUUUAUUACUUUAAUUAUUGUUAUAAAAGGCCUGCCAUUUUUAAUAUGUGGUUUUGGGGGAUUUUUGUUUGUUUUCCUGUUUUGGGGUUUUGUGUUUUGUGUUUUUUUUCUGGGCAAAAAAAAAACAAACUUGCUUUUAGUGUUUGUACUGCUGCUGGUCAGGACAUUAAAUAUUGAAGUGUUUUUAAAAAUUAAAGACGAAGAAAAGUAAAAGAGCUUACCACUGGCGCCUAUGCGAUCACUUCAUUUUUGAGUUGCACCAGAAAAUGAUGUAGAAAGCCAUGCGUUACUUCUUACCUCCUUCUCUACCCCCUCCCCCCAGCUCUGGACAGCAAAUAGCAGUUAUACCUAGUUGCUAUCAGUGAGGAGGGGCUAGUCUAUGGUGAACAAGACAUACUGGAUGUGCACCUAUGCAUGCACCUACAGACAUGGGGCUUUUUGCAAAAGAACCUUUCAGGAAGUGAGCAGUUUGUGAUAGAAUCCUAAGGUGUCUUACAGCAGUCUGAGAACAGGUGCAAAGUAGAAACUCUAGAGGCUUUAUUAGAUGCAAAGCUUUGUAAAAGCCUAAAAGUAGGAUAAAGGAUAAACAAUGUCUGAGCUGAACUUCUCCUCCUUUUGAACUGACUGUGACAAGCACAGGAGCAGCUAGAAACAGAUAAUCAGAUCAGUGCAAAGCAAUGGGGAAAUUUUUCCUUCUUGUCCCAGUUAACUGCUCAUUCAGGCAGGGUUUAAUCUAGAUCAAGCAAGUAUCUCUUGCCUGAAUGGGCUUGAACCAGAGGCUAAAGCAGCCAGUGGUUGGUCUGCCAGGGGAGAGGGGAUGAGAGGAGGUCUGAGUGUGAUCACGCCUCCCCUUUACCCAGGGGAAGGGCUGGCUGACCUUCAUGAAGGCUACUCACUGUGAUCAGUGGCCGCACCCUCAGCCCCAGACCUUAGCUGUGCAGAACAGCUUGCUGGCAGAUGGCAUUGUGUCGCUUUAUCUGUUCCCACACAGUUUGCUUUGUAUGUCUGCCAAGAAUCUUCCAGUUAUUAGCAAACUCAGACAAAAAGUGCCGCCAGUAUUAUCAGCAGUCAACAAGCGCCUUCCUCUCCACAGAAACGAUUUGACGAGAUCUAAGGGCUGUUCUGUGGCCUCCCCUGCAAAGACAUUGAGAGAUCAACAUGUUCCACAGGUGGGGACAGGUGUUUAGAGGGAACUCUAUUGCCAACAAUCAGGGCAAAAUGUCACUGAAUUUCUCUCUUUAAAAUCUGCUUGCUGCUUCUGGUCUGAAAGCUUAAGAGCUACAUCUUAGCACUUCACUCCCAGUCCUCCUUCGCCAUCACAGAAUGUCUGAGUGCUAGUAAUUUUGCUGAUCAGCUUUGGUAAUGGCCUUGGCUUAGAAAAAGAAAAAUGUAGAUCUAAUAACUUGAUGGGAAAGAAAAGCAGAGCCCCAUUCCUCCUCCAGCCCAGGGGAGCUCCCUUGGGGUUUGUUUAGUUGUCAGGGAGGACGUCCCUGAGCUAGUAACAACUGCUUUUCCUUCUUCCCAUUGAAAACGCCACUGUCACCCCUGCACUUGAGCUUCUGUCACUCUGUCACACCCAACUCCCACCCAUCUCUAGAGAUCUCUGAAUAUUCUUGGGCUUAAGAAGUAAUAUGACAAUCAGAGAAUAUAAAUAUACACCAGAAAAGGCAGCAUAAUAAACUAAGAAAAAGGUAAAGUGUCUUUUGAAAACAAAUGCACCACUAAGACAUAGUACCCAAUAAUGGUUUUUCCAUCCAACAAUUAGUUCUAAAAUCUUAAAACACAUUUUCAUCUCAUCUAAUUUUCCUUUUUCAGUUUGGGCUUAAAAAUGGGCAAAUAUGCGCUCUCUGAAGAUUUUGUUCAGCUAUUUCACACUGAGUUUAAAAGACACAGCUCAGAAGAACACCGAAUUUGCUCUAGAAUUGAUUUUGCAACCUGUGUCAGUCCUCCACGGCCUCAGGUGCUUCCUACAGCACCGGCAGGAGACGGCCGUUUUGUUAAACUUGUGAGGGACACCUUCCAAAGCCAAAUCCCCAGCUUCGCAUUUAAUCAAAUAUUUAGGGACAAACCAGAGGGUUCCUCAAAACUUGGAUCUACACACCUGAUCAUUUGAAAAUGCAUUUGUUCUCUGUUUCAUAUAAUCAGAGCCAAACUGACAAUGAAAACAUUUCAUGAUAUAAUCCACUGUCUAACAUAAAUGGCCAAGGUAGGGUUUUCAACAGUUUAGUCUACAUUCUAAAGGAAAUAAAACACUAAAUUGGCAUUAACACUCUAUUAGAUAAUACCCUUAAGGAAAUUCAAAGACUAUUCAGCAGUGAAGAAUUAUAACACAAGAAAUCUUACAUUUGUACAUGAACGGUAUUUCCUAAAGACUGCCUAAUCUCAAACAUUACAUCAAGAUACUCCCUUUCCCUCUGAGCCAUGUGUUUUUUAAAGUGUAGAAAAUUCCAAGGAUCCACCACAAGAUGGAGAUGAUCAGCACAAGCCGAUUCUGUUACUCUUAAAUAAGUGUAUAUUAGCCAUUUAGCAGCAAUCCCUAUACUCUUUCAAGUAACCAAGCUAUUGACUUUCUUACUACUUGCAGUAGCCUGUCCCCAACUUUUGAUCCAGCACUUAACUUAAACUCCUUAACUCUGCCUAGACCUGAGGAAGACCAUGCUAAUUGGUUGUGUUACUUUGUAUGUACCCUGUGUUUAAUUGCUAGAACAGUAAACCAGUACAUGGGAGGGAGGAGGAACAGUGCCUCGGUCACUCUGGGGGCAGUUUAGAUGCUGUGAAAUUAAACCUGUUCUAAGUGUACUUGUUUGAAUUAAUUGUAUUGUAAUAUUAUUUGUUGAAUGUAGUAAUUAGGUAUUUAUGAAUAUAUUGCUGUAAUUUCUGACAACAUCCAAAAAAAAUAAAAUCUUCCUAAAUCAUG